AACCAUAAAUUUCCUGCUCAGCGGUUCAUUUCCUGGUCAGCCUCUUACUGCAGGUUUAUUCCUGCUGCUUCUCUCAUAGAGUUUAUUUUGUCGUCUGAUCUGUACCUUUCCAGCCUUUUUUAUUGAACUCUCCUGUUCUUGACCUCCUGUUGUUCCUGAACUUUUGCUGCUGUAUUUUUUCCUCGUGUCUUUGGCUGCCUGUUGCAGGUCUGUGUCUCUCUACUGACGUCUCCCUCCUGAACUCCUCACCUGCUCUGGUCUGCAUUACCUUCAAUAUCAGUUCCUGUUCUUGGUCAUGGCUGACUUUGUUUGUAACAAACUGACUGAAUGGGGUCUCAGUGAGCUCAUUGAUAGAUUUAAAGAUCAUAGAGUGGACGAGGAAAGUCUGUAUGAUCUUGAUGAUCAACACAUUAAAGACUUGAUCCCAGAAGUGGGACCAAGAGCAAAAUUCACAAAGAGACUCAAGCAAUUAAAGGAAGAACAAAACACAACUCAGGCAGCAGCUGCUUCUCCUGUUCCAGUUUUGCCAUCAACAAGUGAUAAAGCAAAGAAAAAUCUAGAUCUUCAGGGCAAAUCCAGCAAAGAGCAACAACCAAAUAUACGACAGCAUGACAAUGAAACGCAAUCAAACACAGAAGCAAAAAUACUGUCUGAUGUGAAAGACAUAAUGGGAUCAGUCCUUAAGAAACUGCAUCGCCAGGACAACACAAACCUCAAUAAUUUCCUGAGGGCUAAAAUCCAUGAUUUGAAGAGAGAAAAGAGGGAACUGAUUGGUGUCUUUGGUAGAACUGGGGCUGGAAAAAGCUCUUUGAUAAAUGCCAUCCUUGGAGAGAAGAAUCUGUUGCCCUCUGGAAGUGUCAGUGCCUGUACCUCAGUCAUGAUUAAAGUGGAAGCAAACAUACGCAGCUCAAAGUACGAAGCAGACAUCGAGUUCAUUACACCUGAGGAGUGGAAAGAUGAGAUUUGGACAAUGAAGCAGUUUCUUGGGAAUGCAGAUGAGGAAUGGGGAGAUGAUGAAGAUCGUCGUGACAUUAUUGAAAAGCUGUCUGCAGUGUACAGAGAAGAGUGGAAACACAAAUCUCCUGAAAACCUGAUGGACAUCAAAUAUUUCAGUGAAAUUGAAGAAUUUCUCCAGUCCCAGAGAAUGACUUUGACAUGUGGAUCAGCCAAAGAGCUAUCUUUAAAAUUAGUCAAAUACACAAGAAGCGCCUCCAGACAAGGAGAAAUAAUGAGGUACUAUUGGCCACUGGUGAAGUGUGUGACUGUCAAGGUGCCAAAUAAUGAUCUUCUCCAACACGUCACACUGGUGGACCUUCCUGGAAGUGGAGACUGGAACAAGAGCAGAGCUAAAAUGUGGAAAGGGAUUGUUGGAAAUUGUUCUACUGUCUGGAUAGUGACUGAAAUCAAUCGAGCAGCAUCAGAAGAAGAAGCCUGGGAGAUCUUGACGAGUACCUGCAGCCUCAUGGGAAACGGUGGCCAGUGUCAGCGAAUUCACUUUAUCUGCACCAAGUCUGAUGUUAUUGAAGAUCCAGAUGAUGAUGCAGAUGUUCAUGCUCACAUAAUUCAAAGAAACGUGACGGCCAAGGAAGAAGUGAUCAAAAAAUAUGGCAGUCUAAACCAGGUUAAGAAACACUUCAGUGAUGACUGCUUCAAAGUGUUCACAGUGAGCUCCACAGAGUUCUUAAAACGAAAACGUCUAAAUCCAGAGGACACUGAAAUACCCCAGCUUCAGUAUUUUUUGAAGGAUCUCAACGACUAUCACUCAGAGACAUUAAGCUAUGUGACUGGAGCUUAUGGGAUUCUCUCUUUGAUGCAAGGAGCCAACUCUACAGAAGGGGCUGGAAAGAAAACAGAUGUUUCUGCAGAACUUGAAAAGAAUCUAAGCCAUCAACUUGGUCAAGUCAAAAAAGCAGUGGAAGACGCUCACAAGGCUUUUGAAACACGCCUGAUUGAGGGGGUGAAAAAAUCCCAAAGUUCAUGUGAAAGAACCAUGAGCUCCUUCUUAUAUCGUUCUCACCAUGGUUUCUACAACACAUUGAAGUGUGUAGUUGAGAAAGAUGGCGUCCACAAAACAAAAAAAGGAAAACAAAUAAACCUCAAUGUGAAGUUAGCUUCAUGGCUGACAGACAGCAUCGAUGAGGAGUUCAGGAAGACCUUCCCAAAUGAAGAAAAAUAUGGAUCAUUCAACGGCGUCAUCAGUUCGUUUUCCCUGGACACAGAGAGGCUCAUUAAGAAUAACCAAAGUCUCAAACUGCAGCUGAUAUUUCUCAAGACGGAGGAAGAAAAAAUCAAGACAAAACUCAACAAGAUCAUCCGGGAGCGUAAGAAAACCAUCUACAACAGUCUGACAGAGACAAUAGUGGAAAAAAUGCUGGACUGCUACAAAAGAGCAGCAGCAUUUAGUGGACCGGACUCACUGAAAUACAUGAGAGACACUAUUUUAGAACAUGUACGAGUCUCCAAAGACAUGAUGUUUGAGGAGGCUAAAGCUGCCAUGUUGAAGCUGCUGAAUGACUUGAAGGAUGACAUCCUGGAGAAACUGGAGAAAACCAUGAGGGAAUCCACUGAGCUCUCACUGAAGACAGAUGACAACUCAAUCCCAGAUGUUCCAACUGAACUUGAGAUGGUGAAGAGAUACUACAAUGAACUGAAAUGCAGCUCAAAAGAACUGGAUAUAACAUUUUAGGUAAAACCUUGAAUCUUCCAUCAGUGGACAGAAACAGCAGAGUCCUGGUCUCCCACUGAACAUCUCUGAGGAAUCACUGACUCAACACAGGACACUCUGGAUCUGGUCUCAACCAGUUUUAUUAAGUUGGUUUCUAUGGACUCUUUGGUUUGAUUUGUUCUAUGACUUUGUUUUUAUGAAUUUUGUGCUGAGAGAUUAGAGAAUUUUUGGAAGUUUUUUUUUCAUUUAAUGGAUUCCUGUCCAGAGGCAACUUAAAAAGUAGAGAGAGAUGAAAUGCAAAGAGCCCUGGUUGGAUUUGGACCAGCGAUGUUCUGGUUUUCAUCUUAAAGGUACAAACCACAAAACCUUUAGAUUUUAAGGAUUGACCUGUUCUUUUCUUGUUUUCCAUGUUUUCUGAGUUUAGUGUGGGUUCACUGGGAUGGGAACACUGCAGGUUCAGGGAUUAGAUCAAUGUUAGUCAUUUUAACCUUAAACCUUGAAUACAGCUCAGACUGCAGGUUUGAUUUAACAGAGAUUUUAGGCUUUUAAAAGAAUGACCUGAAUGUUUUUCCUUUAACAAAUAUUUACUUAAUGGGAGAUAAUGUUGGUGCUCACAUUGGAAAUGCAGAGAAACAGAUGAAAGUAAUAAAGCAGCUGCUUCUUACUGGAAAUGAACAUCAUAUAUUAUAUUGUUGUUUUAUUUUACAUAUAAUCUACACUGAGUCUAAAUCAAUACAUGUAUUUGAUAUGAUGUCCAACACAUUUAACCUUGAACCUUGAAUAUAACUCAUACUGCAGGUUUGAUUUCAUAUAGAUUAUAGGUUUUUAAAAGACAGACCUUGAAUUACUACUUUUUUUUUACAUUCAAGGACAAGUAUUUACUUUAUGCAAGAUAACAGUCUCGUGAUUUACUAUAUCAUUAUGGUUUUAUGUCUAAUUUGUACUGAUUCUAAGUCCAAACAUGUAUUUGAUUUGAACUGCUGUCUAAUAAACCUGAGUAAAAGUGUA